AUGCCUAGACAUUUGAUGUUGGACUUUUCAGAAAUGGCAUCUGAAAUCUCACCAAAGUGCAGACUUGAGAGCUUUGAAAGAAGUGGGAGCUUGGAGAGUCGAAGCACCCACUCUAGGUGCAGGAAUUUUACCUUGGAUGAUGAAAGUCUCCAAUACCUAACCCAUGAGGAGAAGGAUGUUCUCCUGUUUUUUGAAGAAACCAUUGAUUCUUUAGAAGAUGACUUGGAAGAACAGGUCCUACAUGACAGCGGUAUCCAUGGUCACUCCCCAAGAUCAACGGACGAAAAUGCUUCCAGCCAUUCAGAAUCGGAAGAGAUCAUUGACUUGGUGCAAUCAACCUUUGAGAACAGUGAUCACAAGUGUACUCCAAACAGAGAAGUAGCAACAGUGUCAGAGACUGCCAGGAGAACAGAUGAUCCUAAGCCAGAGGGCAAUGAGCUGCCUGAGAAGAUUCCACCUCCUGAUACUCCACCAAGCCACCCUUCAGCUCCUCCAUUGAUAAGCGAUGAGACAGUUCUUGCUCCAUGCCCCGUGCAGCACCCCAAGCUUCAUCAUGCCAUCCCCACUCCAUUUAUCUUGGCUCAGAAAAUGUCCGAGAAGCAAGAUGAGACAAGGACAUGCUCUCCCGCUUCCCCCAAGGAGGGGAAGCCUGUGGAGUGGAGAAAAGCCCCAGUGCAGAACGGAGACUGUUUCCCAGCUCUUAAGCACCCUCUGCUGCCUGCACCCAAAUCCUACCGGUUUCCAAGUAAUAUCAACAUAACCAAUGCAGGUGGGAAGGAAUUCAACCAAACUAUCUCUAAGGCAGCAGUCAAUGUGCAGGUGCGCAAGGCCCAGGUGCUGGCCAACAUGAACGGAGCAGCCUUUGGGACAGCUGAAAUAGAAGAGAGGUGGCAGAAGAAUGAGCUCUUGGUUCGCAGCAGAAGCUCCUCCUUAAGAGAUCUAACUUCUGAGCAAACACGAUACGACGCUCUGACAAAACUAGGCCUGGCGAAGGAAAGGCCAAGUCUAGUCCAACAAUAUCGUGCCCCAAACACACAGAAGAUACAGGACUUGCAGGAAGAACAGGGAGAGACUGUUUCUAAUGGGUAUCAAAAUAUCCACGCAACCUUAAAAUGCGAUCCCAGCCCUUUCCUUCCUAUGGACAAGAUCGUGAAGAUCAAACCAGACACAGCUCUCACCAGGGACAAGGUUGCUCGACAGAAUGUUGCCAAAAGCUUUUAUGACCAUGGGCAGCCCGACUUAAAUCUGGAGAUGAGAAAGAGGUCAGGCUCACUGCCGAGACCUUCAGGAUUUCGACCCCAGGGGAUAACAGUACAGUUUUCCGGCCGAGGCUCAACAGAAGAAGCCAGGAAAGAGGCUCUUCGGAAACUGGGGCUGCUGAAAGAGACUAUCUGAAAAUCUGACAGGACCAUCCUGACACCUGGGGGCAAGCGGAUGGAUUGGCUUUGUGUUGGAGCAGUCAAACAGGAUCCGGUUUAAAAGGAAACUGGGAGAACAAGGGGCAGUUCUGUGCUCCUGCAACCCCAGGAGGUAUUAAAUAUUGUACAAUCGCAGGGACUUGCUGUCUUCACACCAAGAGUGGCACCCUGGUGGGUUCAACACUACAUCCCACCAAGUUACCCGUCUGAUGUUCAGUGACUUGUGCAGACUUUUUCUUUCUAAAGUCCUGGCUGUAGCAGAGGGCAUUGCAUUAAUGAAGUGUUCUGUGCAGUAUUUUUUUUAUUAUUAUUGUACGUAGAUGACAAAUCAAAUGGAGGAUUUUCCUUAUGUUGUACCAUUCUGAAGCCAAAAACCAGAUAGAUCCGUGUGUGUUUGUGUGUGUGUAUGAUAUAUUAUAACUGAAGUCUUUUGACCUA